UCCUCUGGCAUCCCUGCAUUUCCACACCACUUCUGCCCUCGCCUUCACUGCCAACACCUUGCUGCAUUUUAACCUCUCUUCCCCUCUCCCCUUCUCUUCCCCGCGUUUUCCCCCUCUGCCUGUCGUUUUAUUGCGAUAUAAGCCUCGGCGAUCCCAAUUUGUGGGCCAAACUUCCCUGUCCCGGCGGGAGACGCGGGAUUCGGCCGGGCCCGGCAGCGUGGAGGCAGCUUGGGGUGCUGCCCACCUCCUCGCAGGAGCAUCCGCGCCGUGAGCAGCUCCCCCUUCAACAGGUUUGGAGGCUUGUUUUGCAGUGGCUGCACAGACACCAUGGCGCUGAGGCUCCCAGGAACGGGGCCCUUCUCCCUCCUCAGCCUUGGAGUCCUGGUCCUGCUUCUGGCACUCUCUGCUGUUGCUGGGCUCUCUCAGAAGCACGUCUCGGACGUGGUGGAUGACAGCAAGGACAACAUCACCAUCUUCACCCGCAUCCUGGACAGGCUCCUGGACGGCUACGACAACCGCCUGCGGCCCGGGCUGGGAGACAGUGUAACUGAAGUCAAGACAGACAUUUACGUGACGAGUUUCGGCCCUGUCUCGGACACAGACAUGGAAUACACCAUUGAUGUCUUUUUCCGGCAGUCCUGGAGAGAUGAAAGGCUGAAGUUUGAUGGCCCCAUGAAAAUCCUUCCCCUGAACAACCUGCUGGCCAGUAAGAUCUGGACUCCUGACACUUUCUUCCACAACGGGAAGAAAUCUGUCGCCCACAACAUGACCACCCCCAACAAGCUGCUGCGCCUGGUGGACAACGGCACCCUCCUGUACACCAUGAGGCUGACCAUCCACGCCGAGUGCCCCAUGCACCUGGAGGACUUCCCAAUGGACGUGCACGCCUGCCCCCUGAAAUUUGGGAGCUAUGCCUACACAAAGACAGAGGUGAUCUACACCUGGACCCUGGGGAAGGAUAAAUCUGUGGAAGUAGCCAAGGGUGGAUCUCGCCUGAACCAGUAUGACCUGCUGGGCCAUGUGGUUGGGACAGAGAUGGUUCGAUCCAGCACAGGCGAAUACGUCGUCAUGACCACGCACUUCCACCUCAAGAGGAAGAUCGGGUACUUUGUGAUCCAGACCUACCUGCCCUGCAUCAUGACUGUCAUCCUGUCCCAGGUCUCCUUCUGGCUCAACAGGGAGUCUGUCCCUGCCCGCACGGUUUUUGGUGUCACCACGGUGCUCACCAUGACCACCCUAAGCAUCAGCGCCAGAAACUCCUUACCCAAAGUGGCGUACGCGACGGCCAUGGACUGGUUCAUAGCCGUCUGUUAUGCCUUUGUGUUUUCUGCGCUGAUCGAGUUCGCCACCGUCAACUACUUCACCAAGCGCAGCUGGGCCUGGGAUGGCAAGAAGGUGCUGGAGGCCCAGGAGAUGAAGAAAAAAGAGCCGGUGGCGCUGGCCAAGAAAACCAACAACACCUACAACAUCGUGGGCACCACCUACGCCCUGAACAUCUCCAAGGAGCCCGGCCUGCCCACCAUCGCCAAGAGCGCUGCUGCCGCUGCCACCGCCACCAGCGUGCCCCCCAAGAUGCCCCGCCUGGAGGAGAAGCUCCCCGAGAGCAAGAAGACCUACAACAGCGUCAGCAAGGUAGACAAGAUGUCCCGCAUCGUCUUCCCAGUCCUCUUUGCCAUUUUCAACUUGGUUUACUGGGCCACCUAUGUGAACCGGGAGUCAGCUAUCAAGGGAAUGAUCCCCAAACAAUAAAACAGGUCACACAAACCUUCCAUCAGUGAGCAUCAUCCCAGCAGGAAUUCUCCAGGGCUUUCUUCUUUUCUUGUUUUGGUUAAUUGUUAUUGUUCAUUUGAUAUUAUUAUUAUUAUUAUUAUUAUUAUUAUUAUUAUUAUUAUUAUUAUUAUUAUGUCACUCUUUUAUAAUGUAAACAGAACUGUGAUUUUAAUUUAAUCCCAUAUAUCCUUUGAUUCAGUUUACUUUUAUGACGAAAGCUAAAAAAAAAAAUAAUAAGGGAUCAUAACAAGUUGUGCCUCUAACAUCUUAAAUCUGCUGUCACCCAUCUGACCAAGUCACCCUGUGCUGCCAUCUCUCCUCUGCCACCUCCUGUGGUCCCCAUGGUCUUCACGCCUCUGCCAUCUCAUGCUGUCCCCGUGGGCUGCUGCAGUGGGGCUCCUCUCCCCUGGAGGGGCUGCCCUGGCAUGGGGGAUGCUCUGACUCCUGGCUGCAGGGUGUGCCAGUCACUCAGCCAGGUUCUCUCCGGGGCCUGGCACUUCCUGCUGGCUCCUGCCCCUGGGCUGUGAGUGCAGCUGAGCAGGUCACCUGCGGGGACAGGGGAGCAGCCUGGCAUGGGCCAGCCUGUGGGCCAGUGCCUGCUGGGGCAAUCCUAGCACUGCUGAGGUCCCCAGAGCCAUUGCUGGGGUGGCAGCAUCUUGUAGGUAUUGCAGGUCUUCUCUCUGUCAUCACCAAACCCAGCUGGUUUUGUCUCUCCAGACCAGAAAGGUCCUGUCUGGCUGGCAUCCAAUUCUUGUUAGCAGGAAGUGUGGUUCCUACCAGAGAAGUCAUUUUCCUCAGCAUCAGUCAGGAAGUCAGGGCAGGAGUUUUAGGAAGCCUUGGAGGAGAUGGCAGCUGUGAGCAUCAGGACUGGAAAGCACAGAGCUCCUGUCCAGGUGGAUGGCCUGUCACUUGCUCUUAUGGCCCCAUCCACUCAUCCUUCUUAGCAGAUCCCUCUGUCCCAGCCCCUUCCAGCUUCCCCUUCAUGCUCCUCUGGCCCAGCAGCCCUCCUUGGUGUCUCAGUGCUCUCAGGGGGUUUAGGCAGGGAAGUUCCCUCCUCCUGGGUCAGCCACGCUGGUGGGGAGGAGCCCAGCCUGGGGAAGUCCAGCUCGUGGAAAUCCCUGCUCCAGUGCAGGAUGUUCCCUGUGGGACCUGUCACGGGGAUGAGCCAGGGGGAGGACAGGUGGUCCCCAAGACUCUCCCUGCCCCUGGUGGCCUGGUGCAUCCUCAGCACCACGGGAAAACAGCACAAGGAACUCUUUGGAAGAGCAGGGUGACACUGCUGUCCCACAGAGCCACGUCAGCCAGGUGCCAUCCACAAAGCAACUGAGGUAAGGCGCAGUCUAACACUGCACACUCUGCCAAGGAAAGCCCUCCAGUGCCUUGGAGAGAGGCUUUAUGUCCCUUCCUGACCACCACAGUGGACCCAAACCAGUGUUUGUCCCCUUCCCAGCAGCAGCACAAAGUGGUGACAUCCAAGCUGUCUGUCCCUGGAUCCGUGGGCACACUGUCCUCCUACAAGGAGGGACAUCCCAUGCCUAAUGAUUCCUUGGAUAGCACAGUCCUGCUGCCACAGAGGGGUGCACCCCUCUUCCUUAGGCCUCCCUCUGACCCCCAGAGCUGCCCCCAGCACGUUUUGGGCUCAUGCAGCCAAGCCAAGGCCCCAGGAUGCCCAGGGUGGUGCCUUCAGCAUUGCUUUGAGCCCCUGUGCCAGCCUCAGCUUCCCCUGCCCGUGCAGGAACAGGGCUGAGCACAAGGCACAGGAUUUGCCCCACCUGGAAUAUCCAUGGGGGCCUCAGGAUGGAGCGAGGAAGGCCAGGGCACUUUGUCCUGCAGCAUGGGUGGCACUGGUGCACGUCCUGCCUGUCCCUUACCAACCUCCCUGGCUCAGCAGCAGUGCAGUCAGUCCCCCUGCCCGCAGCUGAGAUUUGGAGAGGAGUUUGGAGAUGUUUAGCCCAGUCCCAGGGUGUUGAGCCCAUAGGCACAUCCACAUGGCUGGCAGCAUCAGGAAGGAGGAACCAGAACCACCCCCCCCACCACACACACACACACUGCUGCUGAGGAAACCAGCUCUGUCCACACCCUCUCUCACAGCACCUGCACCCCAAACCAUGUCAUUUCUACAGUGCCUUUCAUCCCCCGGGGCUCCCUGGUGGGUGGGAACACCCAGGAGCUCUCCCACUCUGCCUGCAGCCCCAGAGUGGAGGAGAAGAGGAGAGGGUGCACCAUCCCCAGCCCUUCUGCUGGCCAGGGAGGACAUCUGGUUCUGCCUGCUGGGCCGCCUGCUGCUGCUGUAGCCACCCCACUGUGACACCCCAGCUGCCCCAUCACUGCCUGGACGUGUCCCCAAGCCCCUCGGCCCCGAGGCACCCCCACACUCCCAGCAGUGAGUUCCCUUCCUGCCACCCUUCUGCUCCCUGGGCUCUGCAGUGGCAAGGGCUACUGCUGUCUGCUUUGGAAACAUUUUCUUAAAUAAGCUAGGUGAAGAGUAUCUCAUAAAGCAUUCAUGUCACUAAAAUACUCAGGCCUAAGUGAAUGGAAUAGAAACCCUACACCAGGCAAAGCCAACCCAAUAAAAUGCUCACAAAGAGUAUGUUGUGUUUACUAAGGGAAUUACAGCAAGUUUAAAUGCUGCAUCCAAUUACUUAGCUGACUUAGCUGGCCCUGCUGCAGAGGUGGUUUCCUCUGCUAGCCUGGGAAUUCUCCAAAAUCCUUUUUCCCUCAAGAACCAUGUCACUGUCGGUCAGUGCCUGCUUUGUAGAGCUCUUCAUAAAAUUGUCACAGAAUCAUAGAAUUAAUUAGGUUGGAAAAGACCUUUGGGAUCAUCUAGUCCAAGCAAUGACCUAACACCUCCUCAUCAACUAAACCAUGACACUGAGUGCCACAUCAGGAUUUUUUUAAAUGUCCAGGGACUGUAGCUCCACCACCUCCCUGGGCAGAUGAUUCCAGCACCAAAUCACUCUUUCAGUGAAGAAUUUUUUUCCUGCAUCUAACCUAAACUUCCACUGGUGCAGCUGAGGCUGUGUCCUCUGGUUCUGUCAGUGCUGCCUGGAGAAAGAGCCCAACCCCACCUGACCCAGCCACCUUUCAGGAGCUGUACAGUGACAAGGUCACCCCUGAGUCUCCUUUUCUCCAGGCUGAGCACCCCCAGCUCCCUCAGUGGUUCCUCACAGGGUUUGUGUUCCCAGCCCCUCUCCAGCCUCGUUGCCUCCUCUGGACACAUUCAGGAAUCCCAAAUUGAGGGGCCAGAGCUGGGCACAGUGAGGUGUUGGGUUUUACCAUCAGCUCCUCAGCAGCCCAAGCACCCUGGGGCUGCCCCUGCUGCCUGCCCAGGCCAGGGGGGCUCAGUGCUGUGGGGUGAUGCCCAGGAGAGGGGCUGGAACAGCAGUGGGGCAGCUCCUGAGCCCCCUCCCUGCGGUGAUCGAUCCCGCUGAGCUGUGGGGUGAAUUCCUGCCUGUCCCCCCUCUGUCCCUGCCCCGAGGCUGCCCGCUGCUCUGGCUGCCCGUGCCACCCAUCUGCUGGCUCUUCCCAAACGGGGCCGGGUAAAGGCUGCCUCCUGUGCUGUGUGAGCACGCCUCCAAAGCCAAGUCUAUUCCCAAGCAGAGCCUGGCAUGGGCUCUGAGUCUCUGUGCCAGCUGGAAGCAGAAAUACCGGCAUCCUUUGGUUAAAGACAACAAACCAAACAGGAUUUCUAGUUUGGCUUCCAAGCAGGAAAGCAUUUCGGGAAGAUAGUUAUAAAUAAGUGGUUUAACAUCUCCUGCCAGCAGACAUCACAGAGAAGAUAAUGUUCUUUUUUAUAAAACUGUCAGUGACUCAAAUUAGGACUUUUCCCUCCCAGUUAACACGAGGCUGUUGAUGGGGGCUUCUUCUAAGUGUGUGCCAGGCCAGAGCUAAUCCAGCAUCAAUUACUGGAGUUUUAGGCUUCCUGUGAUAGCACAUAAAGGUUACAUUUUUAUAGCUGAUCUUUAUAGAAAUUCAUCUGUAUAUGACCACUGAUAGUCUAACCCACAGUUGUGCAGAGAGUGGGCACUGUGAACCUCAAGACUCCAACAUUUCUUUUCUUCUGGCAAGCCCAAACUUCCCUGACUUGAAGAAACUCUCCCAGGCAGGAAUUAGAAGCCUUUUAGGGUUCUAAAAAUGCUGUUGGUCUGCAGUCUUGUUUUGCAGCUCACACCACGUGGAAAACACACGGUGCAGUCCCAGUCUGCAGCUUCAUUCCUGCUGGAAAUAUCAGAGGGGCAUUUUGGCACUGGCAGCUCGCCCCUUCCCUCCUCUGAAACUGCCCAUGGGCAGCAGGGAGCUCAGCCUGGGGAGGCAGGGGCGGCUCCUCGGGGGUCCCUCAGCAGCAGGGACAGCAGCAUGUGGACACUGAGAGCUGCACUUUGGUGCCAGCGUGGAGAACAUCCCUGUGGGGUGACAGGAGAGGGCUGGGCAGAGCUGCUCCCUCAGUGCCACCAGGGUCUGGUGAAGUUACACUCACAGAACGUCUUGAAAGCUUCUCAAGCAUCACCCAGCAGGGCUGUGACACUGGAGACAGAGCUUCCCUGCUCUCCUUUGUGCUCCCAGCUCAGCCUAAGCACAGCGCCCCGUCCUGAGCCCUGCCAGCUCAGUGCCACUGGCAGGGUCCUGCUUUGUUUGCUGCAGGACAGCCCUGUGUGAGCAGCAGGCUUGCUGCUCCCAGGCACAAGAUUGUCACAGCCUGUCCCUGCUGGCCCAUCCUAGGGACACCAGGUGCAUCCAUUUCUCAUCCUUGAUUUCUUCUGUCCGUCUUUGGAUUCCUUUCAGCAGUCCCUGGGGAGGAUCACAUCACAUCCCAGGAAGGAGUUUCUCCUGCUGCAGGGCACCUCUCCCAGGAGGAGCCUCUGCUCUGUUGAGAACCUCUCUGGGACCAGCCUGGGGCUGCUGCCUCUGCCAGGGGACCCAGCAGAGUCCUGCAGCACAGAGGGUGCCCUUCCCCCCUUGGGAAGGGUUUGGCAGGGAUGUGUUAGUGCCCCCUUCCAUGUUCUGGGUUCUGGGAGUGGUGGAGUGUCAGGCCAGGCCCUCUUCCCCAAAUUUUAUCCCUCCCUGGGGUCACACUUCAGCCCAGCCGAUCAGACAGCUGUGUGGAUUCUGCAGAGUGCAGAGAAACAUCUCCACAAUUCCUGUUGAGCUUGGGGAGGGCUCAACCAGGGCAAAGGACACAUUGAUGGAAACAUAAAUGCUCUAUUAAUAUUAAAGUAGGAUGAAAAAACACCCAAGCAACUCACUAAUCCUCCCCAUAUCAAGCUAAACUACUUCUGAAGGUAGUUUUGGCAAGAGGCCACAGCACAGAUGAGAUUGAUGGCUUCCAGGUAUAAAUAUUUACUGUUUGACCUUGUUAUUGUUCCAUCAGCCAAAGGUUUUUACAUAUUUAUUUAUAUAUAUAUAUAUACAUGCACGUGUGUGUAUAUUUAUGCUCACAAACUCUUUACAUCUAAAUGUCAAACCUCUUUGUCUUUGAAAGAUAGAAUGGCCACUUUUAAUUAUUUUACUUCCCUCUCAUUCUCUUUGCUGAAUCUUCUAGAGUGAGGUGAACCCUCUCCACUGGGCUUUGGGAGGCACAGGGAAUAAAGGGGGCAAGGGAGAAGAGCUUCCUCCCACUCCAGGGGCUCAGUGCAGGCUUGUUGCAUGGAGCAAGGUCCCUGCUGGCAGUGCUGCCCAGUAUCUUUCAGGAAAACUUGUUCCUCAGUGUUCCAGGUGCUCCAACACAGCCCCCGUCCUGCCCUGGACACGGGCAUGUUCCUGAGAUGGCUUUUUAAACAGCUGAGUGCUACAAAGCAACUGCUCCUCACCCCAUUGCACAGCCAGGGAAUGUGCAGGGUGAGGUCUGCACCCUCAGACUGCUUCAGGAGGGAGCACAAAACCUGCUGGGAUCCACUGCAGCUGUCCCUGGCCACAGGAACACCUUGGCCUCUCCUGCCUAGCUCAGGGGAGUGCUGGCCUCUGCUCGCUGCUGGUCCAGGUGGGAUGCAGGGAUCCCUGACUGUGUGAGCAGUGUGGGAGGUGUCAGCAGGAGCUGCUGCUGCUCUCCUGAUCUCAGCACGAGCAGGACCCCACACAGAUGUUGGGUGAGCAGCGGUGAGCAGCCCCUCACAGAGGCACCCAGCACCAGCUCCCUCAGCAUCACCCCUGCCCCUCCCCUGACUCAGAAGAAGCAUUCAGUGAACCUGCAAUUGCACUUGUAGCUCCUCUGCUCCCUCCUCUGCUGCUGGAGAGGGCCUGAGCCAAGACCUUGAGGGGUCCCAGCCAGGAGAAUGAAGGAUGUCACCAAUUCUUGUCCUGCCUCCCACCACAGGAAUCUGUGCUGCUUCACAGCCUUGCUCUGGGUUGGUCCCAGCACUGAGCCUGUCAUCCUUCACCACGAGUGGGUGAUGCUCGUGAAGCUCUAGGACAAAACAGGUUCUGGCUGUUCUGUCGUGUCCUGUUCUGUCCUGUUCCUCCCUGUCCCGUUCCCCAGCGGGGCAGAUCUCUCCUGUACACAACUCUCACAGUCCCAUCUGCCGAGAGAGGGAAGCCUGGUUUCAUGUUUGCUGCACAAGCCAGGGCACUCCCACAGCCUUUGAAGGCUCCUGGCUCUUCUCUCCAGUGCUGCUCGAAGGCCCUGUCAGCUUGACAAGACCCUUGGCUCGUGUUGCACUGUGAGCUGCGCUCUGUCUCCCCUGAAAAGUCUGUCGGUGCCUGCCGCCUUUCUGCAAGGCACCCAGCAAAUGGAACAGCAGCCACACGUCAAAUGGUUUGAUUUUUGCAACCACAGAAAGCAGGGGCAGAGCUGGGAAACCUGAGUCUCUGCCACGCUGCCUUUGCCAGGCUGCAUUUGGAGUGGAAGGUUUCCUCCCUGCUGUCACGAGGGAGAUUCUCAGCCCCCCCAGUCCAGUCAGGUGGCCUCGAGCAUCCCUUCAUCAACCAGAUUGUCACUUCAACUGACCUGGGGAUAGGAUAGCUGCAGGCAAAUGUCCUACCUGAAGGUGAGGGCACCAGCUGCUCCUUUAGGUACAGAGUGGCACUGGCACCAUGCCAGGGCAGCCCAUCCUGAAAGAGAGCACACCCAGCAAAUCAGAGACCAUGCCAUUGCCAUGCCUCGGGUCCAGUCUGUGUCCUCAGCUUUGUUUUCCAUCUUGUGAGACUUUCUUUACUCCACUUUGAGAAAGGAUCUAGCUGGCAGCAGUUUAAUGCAUGACAAUCCUGUUAUUACAGCUGUAAAUAAAUAACAUCUAGGGGAAAAAAAGCAUUUUUUAAAUUUUUUGUUGACUUUAUUUUCACUACUGAAGAGCUGAUAGCCACUUUCUUAAGGGAUUUCUCAUGGAAACUGUGACCUUUAUUCUCUCUAUUUCUCUCUCUUUCUCUCUCUGUCUUUCUUUCUGAGAUUUUUUUCUGUGUUUCAAAUGCUUUUUGGUGCAAUGUUCAAUGCCUGUUUGUACUUUUGAAUUGUAUUUUUCAACCUUUGCUGGAAAAAAGGAAAAAAAAAAGGCCCAUUCUAAUUGGCAGGAUUUUUAGUCCUGCCAUUUUUUUCAGCUUUUAGCUUUUUCAGUAAGUUAAAGCAACAGAAAAAUGCCUCAAAAAAUUACAGUGAAGUUCUGAGGAGAGAUUAGAAAACGUCAGAAACAAGAAGUACAUGAGUAAGAUCAGCAAGCUGAGUGGAGGAGGACUCUUGUGACACCUGCUAACCUCCUGAUGUAGUACACAAGGUGGGACUAGACCUCUUCACUGAAUCAAAUCACUCUGCUGUUCCGCUCUACCCACUCUCUCGAACUCCGAUCAAAACAAAUAAAAAUUCAUCUUUUAAAAAAAA